AUGCGUACAUUUUUGAUCCUGGUCUUACUUGCAGCUACACUUGUAGUGAAUGAUGCCGUGUUAUCCACGACUGCUGACAACGACACGCAAGCAACGACUUUCUCGUUGCGGACAAACUCUCUGGAGGACGCUCAAAAGGAAGAAAGAGUCGGCUCUUCCUCUUCCUCUUCGUAUUCGAAACUAACAGCUGUGGAACGGAAGUGGAAAGCUAAUUUGUCGAGUACAGCUUUAGAGGAACACGGAGAGCUGAACAAAAACAACCAAGCUUACAUGUUUCCCUUUCUCUACACUUUAAAAGAAAACGGUGUAACUCUUGAUGAAGUGUUGAAACUAGUAGACCACAAUUUAGACGCCGUGACCGUAAGCAAUUUACAAAAGUACCAAGAAGUGGUUGAGGAAACGAAUCAUGGAGUAGUUGUGUCGACCAAUAGGUCUCAACUGGCCAAAGCAUUCGCAAAAACCAUUAAAGAAGAACAGAAGCCCUUGUGGAAAAAAUUAUUUUUCAAAUAA